AUGGCUACAUAUUUAGAAAACAUGAAAACCACCAUCACAACCAACACCAACACCAUCAAAUCAUCAUCAACACAACCAAAAAAAUCAUCAUUAAUAACAAGAAAAUUUGUAGGUGUAAGACAAAGACCCUCUGGUAGAUGGGUUGCUGAGAUAAAGGACUCGUCUCAACGUGUGAGAUUAUGGCUAGGAACAUACGAUACUGCUGAAGAAGCGGCUCAUGCCUACGAUGAAGCUGCCCGAGCCCUACGAGGCGAAAAUGCACGAACCAACUUUGCUUCUACUGCUCCAAAUUCCGAUAUGGAUCAAUUGAAUAGUUCAGAUGAUACUAAACAUGGUCUUAGCUUUUCUUCUAUAAAAGCGAAAUUAAGUAAGAAUUUACAAAGCAUCAUGGCUAGGAAUUCAGAAAAUAAGUCGUCCAAGAGUAUUACUAGAGUAAGUGACCAUUUCACAUUUGCUAGGAUUUUCCACUUCAAGAAUAAUUAUGAUCAACAAUACCAAAAUCAUCAUCGUCAUGUGGACAUGAAUAAAGUUGUGCAACCAAGUAUUAGAGUACUUCCACAAGACGUAACUGAUAAAAAUAACAACGCUAACAAUAAUAAUAAUAAUGAUUCGUCUUGGGAAAAUUCAUCAAGUGUAUCUGAUUGUAGUAGUGAAUGGGCUGCUUUUAGGCAACUUGGGCUGGAUUCUGAUAAUUAUGGAUCAGAUGGAAGUGAUCAGUAUUUUGUUGGAUCAGAUCCAUUAAUGGCAGGGUGGAUUAGUAGUCCAGAUAUUAUGAGUAGCAGUACUAACGAAGGAUCAUCAAGAAGCAAAAGGUUUAAGGUUUCUUCUUCUGUUAUGGUUCCUCCUACUUUUAGUGAAUCUCCAUUACGAGCUGAAAAUUAUGUACCAUUUUAA